AUGCUUGAAUCGAAUUUGCACACUGAACAACUAUUGUUGUAUAUUUGUAUAGGUGCUGGUUGCGAACCAACCGAUCCAAAUUAUUCGUGUCGUCUGCUGAAAUCAAGAGAAAAUGUACUGAGAAUGUGUGCAGUUAUGCAGUGUAUUGAAGAUGCAACAGCAAUAUUAGAAUUGUAUUGUAAUGGCAUAGGAGGUGAUGAUGAUGAAAUCGAUAUUUUUGAUAAAAUUGAUUUGGAAUUUAUCCAUAAAAUGGAAAAGUUAAUUCGUCUGGCUUUUAAACAAAAUGAACCAAGAAUAAUUAUAGGCAAUACUGCUCGUUCUGCAAAUCAAUUAACUCGUGAAAACAACAGCAUUUAUCGUUUGUUGUUUAAUACACGUCGAUCCAAUGAUUGUAAUAAUACAACAUUACUUGAUCUAUCAUCAUCAAUCUCAGAUGAAACGUCGUCACCUAAAACAACUAGCGAUUUAACCCCGUCGAUACAAAACCAGUUUGGACGUGCAAUGUUACUAUUUAAAUCUGUCUUUUUUUCAAAAACUGAUUGGUAUUGUGUGACUGAAUUGAAAAACAAGAGUACAACUGUUACGGCAGUGUUGCAAAAAUUAGUUGAUAACGAAUUAAUAAUCUUACACGAUCGCGGAAUGAAAAAUGGACGCCGUGGAAAAGAAGUUUAUUGUAAAAACUUUCCUGAUGAUAAUCCAAGUUCAACGAAAUUACAAUGGAAUAAACAAUUAUCAGUCUAUGAUUUGAAUUUAGAUGAAGAUUUAAAAAAAUACACAUCAAUAGCUGUCGCUUGUACUAAAUCAAUUCUGUCUGAUAAUCUAGCUAGUAUACUUACUGGUGGUCUUUACGACCAAUUUAUCGGUAAAGAUAAUAUUAAUGAGUUUAAGAAAGAGCGAGACAAAGCGAUAGCACCAUCAUCAAGUUCACAAACAGUAGCUGCGCUGUCAUCUGAACUGCUAAAUGGUCAAAUGUUUGUUGUUGUACAGUCGUCUGACGCACCCACAAUUGUUAUUUCUCCGUUGCCACCUAAACAUAACGGCUCACAAUCAAUGAUCAAAACUGGUCUGGGUGCUUCUUUUACACAGUUACCGUUGAAUAGCAACAUGUCUAAAAAUAAUGAAGAUAAAUUAGAAAAUAAUCAAAAAUUUAGUGAAAAUGUAAUGGAGGAUGAUGAUAAUACUGAAGCCACUGAUGGUCAGUCACAAAAAGCGUUAGAAAUUCCUCUUCCAAUUAAUGAAACAGAAGGAGACGAUGAAGAAAAUGAUACACAUUAUCGACGUAUCAAACGAAAACAUCCAGGUGAAUGCUCCAUCGAACAUGACAAAAAACGUCAACGUGUCAUUGGUCAUAUACGAAAUAACUCUCAACGCUUACUGAACAGUAGUUAG